AUGAUUAAUGAGAAUGAACGAAUUCAACAACGUGUAUUAUAUGCUGAUAAGCUUAAAUAUCUGGCAAUUUUUGGUGUUACAACAAGCGCUUUUACAGCAAUUAUUUGUAUGAUGUCGGCUCCUUUACUUUAUAAUUACAUACAAUUCGUUCAAACACAAUUACAAACUGAAACUGAAUACUGCAAAAAUCGAUUAAUAGAGCUUUUUAAACGAUUAUCUGAAAGCAAUUUGAAACAAAAACGCGAUGGAAAUUUUGAUCAAGAAUUGUUCAAUAGAAGUGGUAUUGGUGCAACGUGUUGUGAAUGUGGAUAUGGAUUACCCGGUCUAGCUGGGCUAAAAGGUCGCGAUGGGAAAGAUGGUAUGGAUGGACUACCAGGCAGGAAUGGAGAACCGGGGAUUGAUGGAGAUUUGAUCGUUGUCAAGGAAACUGAUUUCUGUUUUGAAUGCCCACAAGGAGUCGCUGGUCCUCCAGGACCUGCAGGUCCUAAAGGUCCACCUGGCUUACCUGGCACACCAGGCUUAAAUGCUGAUGGCGGUGAACGAGGUCCAGCAGGACCCCCUGGACCUCCUGGACCUCCAGGUCCACCAGGACAAGCUGGGCCAAAAGGACAACCAGGUGUUGAUGGACAUAUUGUUAAGCAACCUGGACCACCGGGAUUUCCCGGUAUACCAGGACCACGAGGUCCAAUGGGUUCUCCAGGAGUUCAAGGUCCACCCGGAAUACCAGGACCAUCAGGUGAUCAAGGUCCACCAGGAGAUCCUGGUAUUCCAGGAUCCGAUGGUCGUCCUGGACUUCCUGGAAAAAAAGGUAUCACCGGAAAGCGUGGAUCGAGUGCAUCAUGCGAUCAUUGUCCAAAUCCAAGGACAGCUCCAGGAUAUUAAUAAAGUAAAAUAAAAAC